AUGUAUAGACAGGAGUUCCUCUCUCAGCUCUUGAGCACUGAGAACACUGUGCAAGCGGACGGAGCGCAAGAAGAAUGCAUGAUCUGCAGCGAAGUCUACGGAACGAUGUCAACCGAAACCGGAAAAGUCGAGAGACAGAUUCGUCUGCCAUGCGAUACCAAACAUACCGUUGGUUCGGACUGUAUCGCGAAAUGGCUAGAGGAGCAUAACACGUGCCCUGUAUGUCGACAUGAGUUCUUUCCAGCACGAGGUCCUUACUACGAUGACGAAGACGGAUCGCGUCGCUGGGUUGGCAAUCUUGAGCCUGACUCCGACUGGGAUUCCGAGGAGUACGAUAGCGAGGAUGCCCAAGAAGAAGAAUACGAUGCAGACCCAACAAGCAUCUACGGUGCCGAGCCAUUGAUUAAUCUCUGCCAUCUGCUCUGCAACGCCAUCGGCUUCGAAAGAGACAACCACCCCGUGAAGCGAGCCGCCGCCCUGGUCGUAUCGGGGAUCCUGCACCUGAGUAUUCUUCAAGAUGCUUCGCCCUUUAGCAACUUCAGCAUCGCAGCCGCGUGUGUUCCGGGUGUGGCCGAUUCGUGA